AUGCCUCCUAAGAAAGAUUGGGAAAAAUAUAAGGCUCCAAUAGAAACUGACGAUGAGCAAAAACGUUCAGAUGAAGAUGUUAAACCCUUAAGUGAAGGUGAUAUCCAAGUGCUUAAAACAUAUGGUGCAGCACCAUACGCUGCCAAAUUAAAGUCUACUGAGAAAGACCUAAGGGAUAUUGAACAGCGCAUAAAAGAAAAAGCUGGUGUGAAAGAAAGUGAUACCGGUUUAGCUCCUUCACAUCUUUGGGAUAUCAUGGGCGAUAGACAGAAAUUAAGUGAAAGACAUCCUCUACAAGUCGCAAGAUGUACAAAGAUUAUUAAAUCGGAACCAUCGGGGGAUAAUCGAACAGCUGGGGAAGAUGAUGAAGAUGCGAAAUAUGUUAUUAAUCUAAAACAAAUUGCCAAGUUUGUCGUUGAAUUAGGUGAGAGAGUCUCUCCAACAGAUAUUGAAGAGGGCAUGAGAGUGGGUGUCGACAGAUCUAAAUAUUUUAUAGAAUUGCCAUUACCUCCUCGGAUAGAUCCUAGUGUGACUAUGAUGACCGUUGAAGAAAAGCCUGAUGUUACUUACUCAGACGUUGGUGGUUGUAAAGAACAGAUCGAAAAACUAAGAGAAGUCGUGGAAUUGCCACUUUUGGCUCCAGAGAGAUUCGCCACCUUAGGUAUUGAUCCUCCUAAAGGUAUUCUAUUAUAUGGUCCACCAGGUACAGGUAAGACUUUAUGUGCUCGUGCUGUCGCUAAUAGAACGGAUGCAACGUUCAUUAGGGUCAUUGGUUCCGAAUUGGUGCAGAAGUAUGUUGGUGAAGGUGCCCGUAUGGUUAGAGAAUUAUUCGAGAUGGCGCGUACGAAGAAAGCAUGCAUUAUUUUCUUUGAUGAGGUUGAUGCUAUUGGUGGUGCUCGUUUCGAUGAUGGGGCUGGUGGUGACAACGAAGUGCAAAGGACCAUGUUGGAACUAAUUACUCAAUUGGAUGGUUUCGAUCCCCGUGGUAACAUCAAGGUGAUGUUCGCAACUAACAGACCAAAUACUUUAGAUCCUGCAUUAUUAAGACCGGGAAGAAUCGAUCGUAAGGUCGAAUUCUCGCUACCUGACAUCGAAGGUCGUGCGAAUAUUUUCCGUAUUCACACAAAAUCAAUGAGUGUAGAGCGCGGAAUUAGAUGGGAGUUAAUCUCUAGACUAUGUCCAAAUUCAACGGGUGCCGAAUUAAGAUCCGUCUGUACUGAAGCAGGUAUGUUUGCUAUUCGGUCGAGACGAAAGGUUGCUACCGAGAAGGAUUUCUUAAAGGCUGUGGACAAAGUUAUUAACGGUUACAAGAGGUUCAGUUCGACUUCCCGUUACAUGCAAUAUAAUUGA